AUGCUGCAUGGCAGGCAUAGAGAAAAGGUGGAUGUUAUGCCAAAAGUUGGAGGAUCUACUAUUAACGAGAAAGUGGCCUGCAAGAAUCGUCCACAAAUAAAGUCAGCUCUACGGUUCACCACAUCCUUGCUCAGCGAACUGCAUGGCGAGAAGGCAAGACUGGCAACGGCAUCACCUUUCAACAAAGCUCAGCCAUGCGACACCUGUCAUGAAAACUCGGAUACCAACGGCAGUGCUGUGACCAGUCUCGGGACAGGAGCAACGGAAAGAGCGUCACCACGACACCGUGCCAUUGAGGGACCUGAUGAAGGUGACUUCAUCACCUCUGCCGCCGUCACAACCACAGCCAAAGAUAUCUUCAGCAGCCAAGUUGGUGCUCCGUUCGUUGGCAGUCAGUUGCGAGCAGAUGCCAAAUUGGAGAAGAAACGCAAGCUUCGAGCACGAGUCACCAAGCAGGUGAUUGUCGUCACUUCACUCUAUGGCUUUUGUUGGCUGCCGACUCAAUUUAUAAACGCCUGGUUCAACAUAGAUCGCCAUGGCUUUCCGAUGAACCAUGCGAUGAAGCAGGCCAAAUUUAUCUCACAAACGUUGUCGUUUGCCGCCUCUUGCAUCAACCCAAUUGUCUACAGUCUAAUGAGUAGCUCCUUUCGCAUGGCCAUGGCGCACCAGUUUCAUGGGCUGAUACGUCGCGAUGCAGGAUUAAGAAACGGAGUAGAGACGACUUUGGUGCUAGGAGACUUCAGUGUACACAGGUAG